AUUAAAUGUUUGUUUAGUUUUUAUUUCAUAUGUUUUUAAUUCAAUUCAAUUGUUUUUUUUUUAAUCCGAAACAAACAAAUCAUUUACAACAACAACAACAACACUAAAGAUAUACAUAUUAUUAGACUUUUUUUUAGAUAAAUAAUUACCGAAAAUAAUAAUAAUAAUAAUAAUAAUAAUAUAGUGAUUCAUCAGCUGAUCCAACCAUCACAACAACAACAAUACCGACGCAAUGGCCACCGAUUGGGAAGAAGUUAAACGAUUGGCCGCCGACUUUCAGAGGACACAAUUGAGCCAAACUCUGUUGAGGCUAUCGGAGCGCAACUGUGUAGAGAUUAUGCGCCGACUGAUUGAUAUGAAACUGUUGGACGUCUACUUUACCAGCGAUGGCAAAGAGUAUGUUACCGACGAUCAGCUGCUCAGGGAAAUCGAGGACGAACUGUACAAUUCGGGCGGCCGUAUAUCGUUGGCUACGUUGGCCGCCAAUUUGAACUUAGACUAUGCUCAAGUCGAGUCUAAAUCGGGCCAACUAUCGCGUACCAGUUCCGGUGAUGUUAGCCUAGUAUUAGGACAAUUGGUUAGUCGCCAGUAUAAGGAUUCCUUAGCUCAGGAAGUCGACCUCAAACUCCAAGAGUCGGGUGUCGUAACGAUUGCCGAACUAACCAAACAGUACGAUCUGAGUGCCGACUUUCUUGACGGACUGAUUACCGAACGACUGGGCAGUCUGGUCAGAGGCCGUACCGAUCCGAACGACCCGCGUGUCAUACUGACCAACGAUUAUUUAGCUCAAUAUCAAUCGAAAGUCAAGGGCGUACUGUCGGCAGUUACCCGACCGGUAGCCUUGCAAACAAUCAUCAAUCGUUAUAAGUUUACCGAAAACUUGUUCAAUAGUAUUGUCAACGAUUUGAUUUCGACAAAACGUUUGUCGGGUUCGCUUAGUGGCCGGACAUAUAUACCGGAAAUCUAUGCCAAAACCCAACUGGAAUAUGUGGAAAGUUUCUAUAAAUUGAACGGCUAUUUAGAUUAUUCAACAUUGAAUCGAUUGGGUAUAACCAAUGCCCAGUCCUAUCUCCAGAAACGUUUCGGCGAUCAACUAUGCUAUCUGAAUACCUGUGCUGUCGGCCAAUUGCUUAACUUUCAAGUAGAAUCAUCGAUUGAAGAGUGUAUACUAAAUAAUUCGUGGAUCGAUUUGGUAACCGUAAUGCCAUCCAUACUAUCCGACCUCGAUAUCAAUAUAUUGAUACAGAAAACACUGGAACAGAACAAGAAUCUAUCGGAUCCGACAGUUAUACUAUGCGAUACACUAGUAGUUAGCAAAACAUUUAUCGCGAAACUUGAAAAACUAUUUGAACCAUUAAUGAAUAAGAAAGCUGCGGAUGAUCUGGCGAGUGGUCUAUUGUUAAGUUUAUUUGCCGCACAAAAAUCGGCAAAACUUGACGCAAUGUUGUUGUUGGCCGCUUCGGAUGACGGGAAAUCUCAUAGGAAAAGUGGUGGCGGCGGCGGUGGCGGCAAAAAAGGGGGCGGCGGUGGUGGUGGUAGUGGAGGAAGCGGUUCGCAGGGCCGGGAAAUAAAGACCAAAGCGGUGAAGAAAAAGUACAAACCGGGAGCUAAACAGUCGUCGAAAGCGGGCGGCGAUGACUCGGACAAUGACGACAACCAGUCGUCGUCGUCGUCGGCAAACGAGUUGACAUUUUUAACCGUCAAAGAAAUUGAAACGAUUGUUACGAAAAACAUUGCCGACAUUGACGACUGUCCGCCGGAUUUUAUCAAACAACUUGCACUACGUAUUCACGGCUCGUUGCGUACAAAAUACGAAACGAUUGCCCGACAAGUGUUUAUCGCAUCGACCACUGCUUCGUCAGCUAAGGCAAAGAAAUCGUUUAGCGAAGUCCAGAAACUGAUCCAACAGUUGUACACUAAUAUACUAUUGUUUGAUAAGGGCAUCAAAGUCUUGACCAAUGAUGAACUACAACAGCAGCUGACUAAGUAUUUACUGCGAUCCCUGUGCUCAGACAUUGUCAACCAUUUGGUUAUACACUUUACCACCAGCGAAGACAUUGCCAGUAUAGCUAAUCCGGAGGUUCGGCUGAAACUGAUUGGUAAACUACACGAUCCAAACCUAAAGGAAUGUAUCGUGAAAUUGAAUCAAACCAUAAACGGCAAAUCGGUUGAUGACUUUAUAGCCGAAUUGGACACAUGUGUCGGUAGCGGUAAAUGUGAGAUAAUGUUGAAACGAUUGGACAAAAAACGCGAACGCAGUGUAAUCGCCGAACAUCGCCAGUCACUCAUACAGCAGCUGAACGAGUCGGCGGCUGCGGCGGCGGUAAACGAUGGCCAGGCACUGGCCUUGAAUUUGGCCGUUUUGCUACUAUUUCAUCGGUAUCGCGGCGAACUGAUUCACGCAUCGGGAAAGUUUGUACCGAAACUAUUGGAUCAGCUAAAGUCGGAUUUGGAUACCGAAACCUAUCAACUGUUAUACAGUGCACAGGAAUUGGUUAUCAAACAGUUGUCGUCGUCGACAACUACUAAAGAACCGUCGGAUGCCAUUCAGCAACAGUUGUCGGCAAUGAUCGACAAAAUCAAAGAGUUGGCAAUCGUGUCGUUGUCGGCGAAGAAACAGACAAACGAUUAGAGAGAGAAAAAAUCGGUUAAUUUUGAUGACUAUUAUUAUUAUUAUUAUUACCGAUACAUGUGGUGACCACUGAA